GGACACACAAAACAUAAGCCAAUAAAAUGGAAAGCAACUUCUGUAUAAUGUAUAUAUAUAUAUGGCAUGGCGGUAACACAAAUGAUUAUUUUAAACAGAACCUGGGUGUGAAAGGACUUUGUAAUUUCAUGAGUUCAGAAUGGCUGAAAUGAGAGAAGCAUCAUUCACAUCAUGUGAGAAGCUUUUCAAAGUGCUUAUAUUGGGGGAUCAAUCAGUUGGCAAGACAUCCUACGUACAGCGUUAUGUUGGGAACACUUUUGCAAAAGACUACAAAGAAACAGUGGGUGUGGAUUUUGCAGUGAAGGUUCUAAAAUUAUUAGACGCAACUGUAGCAUUACAGUUGUGGGACAUUGCUGGUGAGGAAUAUGAAGAACAAUGUGAAAAAAGAUAAAUAUAAAGCUGGUUU